AUGGAAAAAGCAAAGUUUGUUUACUUAUUUUGUGUCCUGUUUUCAGGAGGAAUGGCAAAGAGUUACUUCAAACAAGAGCAUGAUCUUGAGAAGAGGAGGGCAGAGGCUGCUAGGAUCAGGGAGAAGUACCCAGAUAGGAUUCCGGUGAUUGUGGAGAAGGCAGAAAGAAGUGAUAUACCAAACAUUGACAAGAAAAAGUACCUUGUUCCAGCUGACUUGACUGUAGGACAGUUUGUCUAUGUCAUCCGCAAAAGGAUCAAGUUGAGUGCAGAAAAGGCAAUCUUUAUAUUUGUGGAUAAUGUCCUCCCACCCACAGGUGCUAUCAUGUCUGCCAUAUAUGAGGAGAAAAAGGAUGAAGAUGGGUUUCUCUAUGUUACCUACAGCGGAGAGAACACUUUCGGGUCACGGAUUCCACUUUAA